UUGUGACCGAGAAUGUAAGUGCAGGGAAGGAUGUCGGAUAGGAUGGAGCUUACUGGAGGAACUUUGUCUAUUAAAUCAGCCAAAACAUAAAAGAGACAUAUAUUCCACUUGAUCGACAUUCAGUAAAGGAGAAAGAACUCUUUAAUCGCUUUUUAAAUCGGCUUGGUUUGGCUCGUGUGGUUCACCUCUGGCGAGCGACGCCGAAUGCUGGUGGAUAGAAGCGCAAGUUGUGCACAUAGGCUCGGAGCGUAGAGAGACGGGAGACGGGCUCGGCAGGUAGACGGUUACCGUAUACCUUAAGGGGAUGUUAUCGGUACUUUCCUAUGGCAGGAUCGUUGCCAGGGCUGUCCUGGGUGGACUCUCGCAAACAGACGGCAGAGACUAUAGCCUGAUCACGGCGAGCUGAGGCUUCGGAAAGGACUUUCGCAAGGGGAUCCUGAAGAAAGGGAUGUGCUACGGGGAUGAUGCCUGCUUCAUAGCCCGGCACAAAUCUGCUGAUGUACUGGGUGUUGCGGACGGCGUGGGGGGCUGGAGGGAUUACGGCGUGGACCCGUCCCAGUUCUCCACCACUCUGAUGAGGACGUGCGAACGACUCGUGAAGGACGGCCGAUUUACUCCCAGCAACCCCGUAGGCAUCCUCACGACCGGCUACUAUGAACUCUUGCAGAACAAAGUGCCACUGUUGGGAAGUAGCACAGCUUGUAUAGUCGUACUGGACCGUCGGAGUCACAGGAUACACACCUGUAACCUGGGAGACUCAGGCUUCCUGGUUGUCCGGGGCGGAGAGGUCGUCCAUCGGUCAGACGAGCAGCAACAUUACUUUAACACACCCUUCCAGCUGACCAUUGCCCCGCCGGGGUCAGAGGGCGUCGUGUUGAGUGACAGUCCUGACGCCGCAGAUAGCUCCUCUUUUGAUGUCCAGUUAGGGGACAUAAUCCUGACCGCUACUGACGGCCUCUUUGACAACAUGCCUGACUACAUGAUCCUGCAAGAGCUCAAGAAACUUAAGAACACCAACUAUGAUAGCAUCCAGCAGACUGCUCGCAGCAUCGCUGAACAUGCUCACGAGUUGGCCUACGACCCCAACUACAUGUCCCCUUUCGCCCAGUUUGCCUGUGACAAUGGGCUGAAUGUAAGAGGGGGGAAGCCUGAUGACAUCACAGUGCUGCUGUCCAUCGUGGCAGAAUACACAGACUGAGCACGCUUGUUGUAGCUCGCUCCUCUUACUCCUUGUGUCUUCCACCACUUAUAUUGCACUGCUCCCCGUCCAUCAGCCUUUCCAUUCUUCCAUUUCUUCUGCCGUGAGGGGGAUUGCAUGAAUUUGAUGGUAUGGGUGGUGAUGCAAGCGGUACAAACAGUCCAAUAAAUGACCUCACUUGUGCCCAAAAGGAUUGUGGGAAUUAUUCAACCUGUGUAGUACCCGAGUCAUUUCUAGAUAUCGAAAGAGCCCUUCGUAAGUCUAGCGUAUUUAUGAGUCCUGCGUUGUGCGCUUUGGUGAAGAAAGUUGUGUGUUGCCCGAUAAGGGUGUGUGUUUGAUAUGCCAUCACGAAUGAAAAUGAAGUAUGUUUUGCUAUUUGGUGGGUUGUCUGUCUCGUAUUUAUGAUGCCUAUAUGCUGGACUUCUAUAUGUGUGUAAUAAAAGUACUGUUUAGUUGUCCCUCAGCGUUUGGUAGGUGUAAUGGAGGGAUGGAAUGCAGGUGCUUCAGGAAGGGCUGGUUCAAGAAUUUAGCGUGAGGUCUCGGUAAAGACGUUCAAAGAUGGGCUUAAAUGUACAGCUUGUGUUUGAUUAUAUAAGAUUCUUAUGUAAACUGCACAGACAUCAUAGCAGGGAAUAUCACAGUCCGCUGAAACACACACACACCUGUAUGGGCGCAGUGAAAGUUGACUGUAAUGCGUGAUUUACAUGACUUCACCUUCGAGCGUUGAGCUGGGAAGUCUACACGCACAAAUGGCGAGUAUCUGGCAAAGCUUUUCAUGACAAUGAGAGGUCAGGUAUAUAAAUAAAUGUUUUAUUUUUGUAAAUAUUUCGGUUUUAUUGGACGAGGUUUAAAAGAAGAUGUUGAGGAAUGUUGGUCUUUACAGAUCGAAUGUGUAGCUUGUUUAACGCUUUUAUUUUCCGUGUCCCUCUAGAUUGGUUCUAGGGAACACUUUCACGUUCAUGUGCUGCUUUGAUUUUGUAAAUUAUAAAUGUGUGAGUGACGACAUUAUUUAUAUUAAUGUUUUACCUGUACAAUAAAAACGGGUGAGCUGAUGAUGUCUUUAUUUCACAAAAGCAACGGAUCGUGUUAGUGAUGCACCGAAAUUUCGGCUGCCGAAAAUGGCAUUAUCGGUUUCGGCCGAAAGAAAAAAUAGGCCGAAAUAUCCAGCGCCCGCGCCUCUCCAUUCAACGCUCGCGCUCACUCUCUCUAGCUAUUAUCGAAGGACGGUCGUGUAAACGCGCCACUAACAAAGGCUGAAACUAAGAAAUAUAACAAGAGAGCUCAAAACCAGCGGACAGAAAACGACACACAGACACGCUCUGUGUGAUGCGCGACUGCGCGUGACCGGCUUUAUGUUUCUUCAUGGUCGGAGAUCACGCGCAUUGACUCGUGCGUGUUUUAGCCGAACUUUAAACGCAAUAAACUCUUCAUAUGUCAAUGAUCAGAGGAACGAUCUGUCAGUAAGUGAUGAUGUAGCUCACGUGGACCGUCAUCCGGCAGGUGCUGAUAUGACUGAAGCUCAUUUUAAGCCUGUUUACUUGAACAGACUCACUGCCCCUCUGUGUUCUGCGUGUUGUUUUCAUUCAAAUGAUUGUGCACCACAUAUAAACUUCUUGUAUUAGCAAGAGCUGCAGAGUUUGACUAUAACUUGACUUGACUACUGUUAUGCUUAUAAUAAUUCCAGAACUGAAACUACAAUGUUUAGAUGAUUGGUAAAAAAAGUUGUAGUGUUGCAAUGUCCAAGGAAAAAUAAUAUAUUUUGUAUUGUUUUAAAAUAUGCUCUCCUUAAAUUUUGUGGUUUUAGUGUGUGCAAUUAAUACGAUUGAAUAUUUUUUUCAAGUAGCAUAAUUUUCGGAAUCGGUUUUCGGCCCACAGUUUUCAUUUCGGUGCAUCACUAGAUCGUGUGAUUGGAUAAAAUGGAUAAAACGCUGCACAAAUAAUGUAAACCAUUUACAUUUUUGGACAUAUUUGUAAAACAAAGCAAUACAGUAAUACAAAUUAUGUCUUUGUUUUUUUGUUGUUGUUGUUGACUUUUUUUAACUUGGAAUUUUCUAAAACAUAUCUGUUAUAUAUUGUGCAUGCCCGGGAUGGCAAACCUUAGUCAAGCAUGCAUUCGAUUGAUAAAAAUUGCUUUUAGGUUUUCAGAUUUUGUAUACUACUAAACCUAGAGAUGGGAUUAUUGACACGUGUAGUCAUCUGACUACCAACGAGUUGUUUUGUGAGGUUCAUUUGUUUGGUCCGGUGCUUUACUAGGCAUAAAUGAAAAGCUAUGAGAGGGUUUUGAGACUUCAUUUCAAAUAGCCCAAAACUGUGUGAUUUUUGGAAAUAUGUUGUUUUGCUCAACCCUCACAUCUCAUACCGUACAUGGAACUCACUUUUUGAGGGAUUUAAAGGUUCUGUUGCACAUAAAUCCACAGGUCUAGUUCUCUAUCCAUAUGUAGACAGAGAGAACGUCAGCCUAUCCUUUAAAGUUUGUGCCUGCAUCAUAAUUCGACCCUGUCACAUGUAACGUCUUGUGAAUUGUGGUCAUAUUGACGUCACUGUCUUGAUCCACAUUGUGUCAUGAGUGAAGAAAACCAAAGCAGGAAAGCCAUAAGACCAGCAUGACCAAGUUAUUCUCAUCGAGCGUCUCGCCCUAUCAGACUGCAAAAAUAGGGCGAAUCCUUCAAAUCAAAAAUCCAUCAAAUCCUUAAAUGUCGAGAGUUUGUGAUGGAGUUACUGUUGUGUGCUGUGUCUGCUUUUUUUCUUGAUGUAUGAUUCAACUAAUCAUCAUAUAAUUGUUAUGUCAAUGUUUUUUAAGCUGUCAACAGAUGAACUGCUUUAUUUCUGUAUCACAUGUAUGGCUAAAUGGACAAAACAAUGUUGGUUCAACCAAUAAUGUGAGUUCCGUAAAACCGUAUUGUUUGGUGGUCAGAAAUGAUGGGCUUCACCUUUAACCAGCGUGUCAUUGCAUGAUAUGAUCGUGACUGAACUAGUUUUGUAUGUUGAGUUUUGCUACACAUAACACAUUUCCCCUGUUGUUACGGCGUACCCAAAUCACAUUAGCUGUCCUUAAAAAAAACUACAUUUGAGUCAUUUCAAAGCAUCUGCCUCCCUUGGGCUCAUAAUGACUUAUCCACACAAACGCACCAUUAACGCCUUAAAAUCUCAUAGUGUCCCAUGCAGAGGCCUUCGUGUGGCAAAGCUUGCGUGUCUCGUCUGGGUGUGUCGCUUAUGGUAGUGUCCUCGAUUCAAUUUGUGUUCUCUCUCUGGAUGUUUUGUCUGUUCCUCUGGAUGGUUUCUAUGGUGCUUCUGCAGUCUAUAUGAGUGUCUAAAGACCGUCUCUGAAGCAGACAAUGUUUGAAUGAGAACUAUACCGUUUGUGUGUACAAUGUAACAAUGCAACAGUUCCUGUAAAUAUGUUUUCCAAGUUGUAAAGUAUUUAAAUAAAAAACAUGGUA